AUGGAGCUCCCCAAUUACAGCAGGCAGCUGCUGCAGCAGCUCUACACGCUGUGCAAGGAGCAGCAGUUCUGUGACUGUACCAUCUCCAUUGGUUCCAUUUACUUUAGGGCUCACAAACUUGUCCUGGCUGCUGCCAGCCUCCUGUUCAAAACCCUGCUGGACAACACAGACACCAUCUCCAUCGAUGCCUCUAUGGUGAGCCCUGAGGAGUUUGCCCUCUUGUUAGAAAUGAUGUACACUGGCAAGCUCCCUGUGGGCAAGCACAACUUCUCCAAAAUCAUCUCUUUAGCUGACAGCCUACAGAUGUUUGAUGUGGCUGUUAGCUGUAAAAAUCUUCUGACCAGCCUUGUAAACUGCUCCGUUCAGGGUCAGGUGGUGAGAGAUGUCUCGGUGCCAUCCCCGGAGUCAUUCAGGAAGGAACCUGAGAAGCCUCAAGUAGAAAUCCUUUCCUCAGAGAGUGCUGGAGAGCCCUGUGUUCCCCCUGAGGGUUCUGUCCCUCCAGAGGAACCUGUGAAAGCUGAGACCAAGGAAGCAGCCCAAAUGGUCACCCAAGAGCUGAGUGUGGAUUCUCCCACUGCCCAGGAGAUUCUGGGGAAUGUGGAAAUGCCUGCAGAGCCUCCUAAUGCAGUGGAAGCUUGCUCCUCUUCCCCUGUUGUACAAACCACUAGUGAAGCCACGGAGGCAAGCACAGAACCAGAGUGUGAGAAGAAACACUACCAGCUGAAUUUUCUUCUGGAAAAUGAAAGUAUUUUCUCACAGGCACUGUCUGUUACCCAGGAUGUUUUGGAAAGACUAAAGGAAUGUUCAGAAAUUAAAAGCCCACAGAAGGAGACCCUGAUGGAAUGUCUUGAGGCUGAAGAAGGACAUUCAGUAUUCCAGAGAAUCCUGGCUAAAGUGAGAGAUGAGAGCAUGGAUAUUCAGACUGUUGUGUCCCUGUUGAGCCUGUGCCAAGACUCUAAUCCUGCAGUAAAAACAGCACUAUUAGGCAGAAAGCCAGAAGAUGUAGAAUCAGUGCAGCCAAAAGGGAGCACGGAGGAGGGAAAGACCUUGUCUGUUCUCUUACUAGAACACAAAGAGGACCUGAUACAGUAUGUAACACAGCUGAGACCUAUUGUGGAGUUCCUGGAAACAGCCUCGGAAGAAUUCCUGACUGGUGCUGAGAAGAGGGUGAUUCUGAAUUGCUGUGAGGGUGGAAUACCCAAGGAGACAAUAGAAGAUUUAUUGUACAGAGUCACUAAAGAGAAGACCCUGACUGCUGAGAGUUUGGUAAAACUCCUUCAGGCUGUGAAGAUGACAUUCCCAAACUUGGACCUUCUGUUGGAGAAGAUGCAGAAAUUAGCAGCUUUGCCAAGCACCCCAGUCCAACCAAGCACUUACGAUUGUGGUACUGAGCUACUGAGACGCUAUCAUGAAAACCUCUCUGAGGUUUUCACAGACAACCAGAUGUUACUACAGGUGAUCUCACAUGCGAAGAGCUUAGCCCCGAGAGAAAGAGAGGUCAUGGAGAAGGUUGUGAAAAGUGACCCUGGCUCAGGAGGUUUUAGUUCUCUGAUCUCAGCAGUUCUGGAAAAGCAGACUCUCUCUGCGACAGCCAUUUGGCACCUACUGCUCGUGGCUCAGGAGACAAAGACCUGCCCAGUGGACUUGCUUAUGGAGGAAAUACAGAGAGAGCCUGGUGCAGAUGCUUUCUUCCGGGCAGUGACUACACCAGAAAGUGCUGCCUUAGAAACAAUCCUGAAGCAUAAGAGAUUGGUCAUAGAGGUCAUUCAGCAAAAGAUUGACCUGAAGCACUUUACCUCAGAGGAAGAGCACCUGGCAGAGACUGUGAAAGAGAUUCUGAGCAUUUCCUCUGAGACAGCCAGCCCUGAAGCUUCCCUGAGAGCAGUGCAGAGCAGAACCAUGGAAAAAUCAGUCUCAGCCAUUGAAAUCUGUCACCUCCUGUGCAGCAUCCACAGAUCGUUUCCAGGCCUACAGCCUGUUAUGCAGGAGCUAGGAUACAUUGGUUUCCUUACUAAGGAAGAUGGGCAAAAGGAAAUGUGGAAGGUAAGUAAUACAUUUCACCUGGAAGCUAAUGACAAAGCAGAUGAAAAGCCAGCCGAGCUAGCUGAAGAAGAUUGCCAGUCUGGGAAACUGAAUGAUGGAGGAGAGACGGGUUCUUUACCCGAGCAAGAGGACAUGUCUGCCUCCCCAGACUCUGCCAAGAAGAACUUCAUCUGUAAGGCCUGUGACAAAAGCUUCCACUUCUACUGCCGCCUAAAAGUGCACAUGAAGCGCUGCCGUGUGGCCAAAAGCAAACAGGUGCAGUGUAAGGAGUGCAGCGAGACCAAAGAUUCUCGGAGAGAGCUGGAGAAACAUCAGCUGGAAGCCCACGGUGCAGGUGGUGAGGCCGAGGUCCCCAAGAAGAAGAAGAAGAGGCUUCCAGUGAUGUGUGACCUCUGUGGCAGAGAAUUUGCUCAUGCCUCAGGCAUGCAGUACCACAAACUGACAGAGCACUUUGAUGAGAAGCCUUUCUCCUGUGAAGAAUGUGGGGCAAAGUUUGCAGCCAAUUCUACCCUGAAGAACCACCUUCGCCUUCACACUGGGGACCGCCCAUUCAUGUGCAAGCACUGCCUCAUGACCUUCACCCAGGCCUCCGCCUUGGCCUACCACACCAAGAAGAAGCACUCAGAGGGGAAAAUGUAUGCAUGCCAGUACUGUGAUGCUGUGUUUGCCCAGUCCAUUGAGCUGUCCCGUCAUGUAAGGACCCACACUGGGGACAAGCCAUAUGUCUGCAGGGACUGUGGCAAGGGCUUCCGGCAAGCCAAUGGCCUCUCCAUCCACCUGCACACCUUUCACAACAUAGAAGAUCCCUAUGACUGCAAGAAGUGCAGGAUGAGUUUCCCCACCCUGCAGGACCAUCGCAAGCACAUCCACGAGGUGCACUCCAAGGAGUACCACCCCUGCCCCACAUGUGGGAAGAUCUUCAGUGCCCCUUCCAUGCUGGAGCGGCACAUGGUGACCCACGUUGGCGGGAAGCCCUUCAGCUGCGGAAUCUGCAACAAGGCCUACCAGCAAUUGUCUGGUUUGUGGUACCAUAAUCGGACCCACCACCCUGAUGUGUUUGCUGCUCAGAACCAUCGAUCUUCUAAGUUCUCGUCACUCCAGUGCAGCUCCUGUGACAAAACCUUUCCCAACACCAUUGAACACAAGAAACAUAUCAAAGCAGAGCACGCAGAUGUAAAGUUCCAUGAAUGUGACAAGUGUAAGGAGCUCUUCCCCACACCAGCUUUGCUGCAAGUGCACAUCAAGUGCCAGCAUUCAGGAUCCCAGCCAUUCAGGUGCUUGUACUGUGCAGCCACCUUCCGCUUCCCCGGAGCACUGCAGCAUCACGUCACCACAGAGCACUUCAAGCAGUCAGAGACCACCUUCCCCUGUGAGCUCUGUGGGGAGCUCUUCACCUCCCAGACCCAGCUUGAUGGUCACUUAGAAUCUGAACACCCAAAGGUGAUGGGCACCGAAACCCAAGCAGCAGCCUCACAGGUGGUGCAGGUGAUCCAAACUCCAGAGCCGGCGGCCCCAGCAGAACAGGUGAUCAGUUUGGAGGAGACCCAGCUUGCUGAGUCCCAGGUGUUUGUGACAUUGCCAGAUUCCCAGACAUCUCAGACCGGCUCUGAGCUCGUGGCAGUGACAGUGGAGGAUUUGCUAGAUGGGACCGUGACCCUGAUCUACAGUGAGGCAAAGUGA